AUGGGGCAGAGGCCACUCACCGAUUCGGGCGCGUCCCCGGCCGGGAGAGCGCUCAGCUUCGGCCCUGGCAGGUCGCGGCCCCGCCCGGCGCCGCGCACUUUCGGUUUCCAGUCCCCGCAGCCCCUGGGCGGGGCGAGGAGCCGGGUGGGCGGCCCGGAGGAGGAGGAGGCCGCGCAGGACGAGGAGGCGGUGCCGCGGGCGCUAGCGAGAGGCCGGGCCGAGCUCGCCUGCGCCCCCGCCCUCGGGGCGGGCGGAAGGGCGGCGUCGCCUCAGCCCCCGCGGCGGCGGCUGGACUGGCGGCUCCCGCGGGCGCGGCUGAGGGGAGGGCGCGGCGGGGGGCGGGCUGACUGCGGCCCCGGCGGCCGCCGGUCUCGGCCGGCCCCGGAGCAGGGGGGACGCGGCGGGCGGCUCGUGCGUGCCAAGCGCGACAUGGCGCGGAGGCUGAGCAGCCCCGGAGGCCCAGUUGGCAUGGUCAAGCACUACCGGAGAGGAGACGUCACCUUUGAGCCUCCAGGAAGAUGAGAAUAACGUACGGUCUUGGACAUCUGAAGGUUUGCUGACAGCUGAAUUGAAUGGAGGGUAAAUUCCGGAGUAAGAAAGGAUUGGCCUGAGGGAGCCAUGGAUGCCAGUGUGCCUGAUCUCCCUUGAUUUCUGUGUCCUGAAACAGGCACUUCUCUGGACACAGACCUGUCUCCUGCUGGCCCCAUCCCACAAGGCAUUUGUACAUUUGGCCCAAGGACCUUGCAGGAUCUGAAGAGGAGUUUUUUUGUUUUUUAGACUGGGGUGUGGUAUGGUGUGCACUGUUACUGGAAAUAUUGAAUAACAGAAACCUUUGGCCUCUUAAUCUGUAGAAAUAAAAGUCUGACUAGGUA